UUUUGUUUGUGUGAUGGAAAUAGUGACGGUGUGAUCAAGAUGAGUUGGGACGAUUGAGGUUAUGUUAGUACUUGUAAACAUUGUGAUCGGUGGUGUGAUUUUACUGUAGUGAAAUUUUUCAUCUUAUUGAGUUAUAUUUUAAUUUUAGGAAUACUGUUCUAAGUUUAUAUAAUAUUAAAAAUGGCAGUUAAAUCUAAAAAAUCUAAAACUAGUAAAAUUAAAAGGAAUAAUAUUACAAAAACAAAACUAUACAAACAAGGCAAGAUCAAAACAAAAAAGCAAAAAAAUUCAGCUUCUCAAUCAAAUUUAAAUAAAAAAUUAAAAAAUGAAGAAACGAAACAGAGCACAACUCUUGAUGGUAAAAGUAUGCUAGAAAUGAUUGACACCAAAGAUCUGGAAUUCCUGAAGAAAGCAGUGCUGGACACAAGUUAUUCAUUUUAUAACAAAUUUGCGUCAAAGGAGAAAAGAACAAGCGGAAAAAAGGGCGAGGAUAAAAAUGACAACAUUGAAGAAGAAUACGAGAAGGAAAUAGAAUCAGAAAGUAAAAAGCCGAAAAGGACUCGUUACUUACUACCAGUCAAAACUUCUGAAGGUCUAGUGAGGCGCACCAUUGAUGAAGACGAACCUGAAGAAGGAGAAGAAAACGAAGAUGUUGGGACGAAAGAAGAUGAAGAAAUGCCCGAGGAGGAAGGCAUUGAAACAGAACUGCCAGUUGUGGAAGAGGAAGAAGAUUUGACUGAACCAUUAAGUACAGCAGAGAUCUUGGCUCGCAGGGAACAACUCAUUGCUCAAUACAAGUUUCGUAUUGGCCUUCUGGCUAGUGGCCUUUUGGAGGAUCCUCAGGCUAAGGUGAAGAAUAUAUCUUUGCUCCUGGAAACCAUCACUGAAUGCAAGCCAGAAGUUCGACUGACUGUUCAAAAACUGGUAGUGCUGUCUUUGACUGAAGUGUUUAAAGACAUUCUGCCGUCUUAUCAGAUAAAGCAUCAGGAGAAUUCAACUGUUAAAUUAAAAAAAGAGACAAAACUUCUUCAUGACUUUGAGAAGAGUCUUCUCAAAGGAUACAGAUUAUUCUUGAUGAGGUUAGAAAAAUUGGCCAAAAUUUUACACAAGAAGAAAGGAGACACACGAGUGCGCAGUGAGCAAGUAAUCAGACUGGGAGAGUUGUCGCUGGUUUGUGUUUGUGAGCUGUUGGUUAACCACCCAUAUUUUAACUACAGCCGUAACAUAGUCCAGAUGCUGACCCCAUACCUGGAUCACCCUCGAGAAUCGGUUAGAGGAGUAGUGGCUGGCUGUUACACCAAUGUCUUCAAGGAUGACAAGCGAGGAGAGAUUACACUCGAUAUUGUACGCCGUAUCAACCAUCUCGUAAAAUCUCGAUCACACACAGUCCACCAGGAGGUGAUAUCAGUGUUGUUGACUCUGCGCAUCAAGGAUGUCAAUCUAGACCAGGAGAAGGAGGCUGAAAUUAAGCAGAAGAAAUUCAUGACACACAAGCAAAAACUUCUGGCGAUGAGCAAAAGGGAGAGAGAAAAAUCCAAAAAAUUGGAAGAGCUGGAAAAGGAAUUGCUUGAAACAAAGGCGGAAGAAAAUAAAGAGAGCAAACAAAAGAAUUUGACAGAAGUGAUGAAAGUGGUGUUUACCAUUUACUUCAGGAUAUUGAAGAAAGCACCAUCAUCAAAAGUGCUAAGUGCGGCCUUAGAAGGUUUGGCAAAGUUUGCUCACUGCAUCAACCUGGAUUUCUUUGCAGAUCUGGUAAGUGUGUUGGAUGGUCUGAUGGAAGAAGGGUCACUCCGUUCCCGGGAGAAGCUCCACUGUGUUCAGACGGUGUUUGCUAUUCUAUCCGGACAGGGGGAGGCUCUCAACAUUGACCCGUCCCGCUUCUACACCCACCUCUACAACAACAUGUUUUACAUUCAUGCUGGCAAAACGUACGAUGAUGCUCGAAUUGUAUUGAGAAUCUUGGAGGUGGUGUUGAUUCAGAGGCGAAAGAAGAUGACACAACAGCGGCUGUUAGCAUUCACCAAGAGACUCAGUAUCCUGGCAACUCAUCUGCUGCACAAUGGAGCCAUGGGCGCGCUGUCUUUGGUUCGGCGAGUCAUGCAGUUGGGUAUGGGAGCAGAUGUGUUGCUGGAUGUGGAUUCUUCACUUGGUCAAGGCAUCUACAAUCCAGAGUUGGAGGAACCAGAGCACUGUAAUGCUGCCAGUUCAGCUAAUCAGUACCAUUGUGUUUCAGUUGGGUAUGGGAGCAGAUGUGUUGCUGGAUGUGGAUUCCACUUGGUCAAGGCAUCUACAAUCCAGAGUUGGAAGAACCAGAGCACUGUAAUGCUGCCAGUUCAGCUAAUCAGUACCAUUGUGUUUCAGUUGGGUAUGGGAGCAGAUGUGUUGCUGGAUGUGGAUUCUUCACUUGGUCAAGGCAUCUACAAUCCAGAGUUGGAGGAACCAGAGCACUGUAAUGCCGCCAGUUCAGCUUUGUGGGAACUAACACUGCUACAGAGACAUUACCAUCCGUCUGUCAGAAUGCUUGCUCAACAAAUAGUCACAAAUGACAACAACAAAACAAAUCAUAUGCCACCAGAAAUUGCAAAACUGGACUCUUUGCAACUGUUUGAACACUUUGACCCGUCCCUGGUGGUGUUUAAGCCAGCAGUUCCUCCCCCACAAAAAGGUAUCUCAGGAGUCGUCAAAGCUAAAGAAGACUCAUCUUUCAUCCAAGAUCUUGAAAAAUCUGUGACUGCAACAUCAUCACAACCCAAUUUGUCCUCAUUGCAUUCUGAGGUGUUGAGUAACAUCAAAGAAUCAAGCAAGAGAAGAAAAACAUGAUGUACAGAAUAAAGUUUGUAUAUAAAUUGUUUUUAAAAA